CCUCUCUCUCUCUAUCUCUGUGCCACGACUUCAAGCAAGAGCCUUUUCGAAAAAGAAAAACUCCAUUUUCAGAGCUCCAAGAAUGGCGGCUCUAGUCUCCGCCGUGGCCCUCGUGCUCCUCUCUCUCCUUCCUCCGUGCUCUCCGCUCCCUCUCGAGUCCCUCAGAGAAGCCACCCAUGUUCUCUCGAACUCGGGCUUUGUCUCCAUGUCCUUAACUCUCAAUCUCAUCUCCAAAACACUCAUUUCCCCUCAAGUCCCCUCCCUCACCAUCUUCUCUCCCUCGGAUGAUUCCUUCGCACGGUUCGGCCAGCCGCCGCUGUCUCUUCUCCGACUCCACUUCUCGCCCCACGCGCUCUCUCUCGAUACCUUGAGGUCGCUUCCUCGUGGGGCCACGAUCUCCACCAUGAACGCCAAUCAUUCUCUGAUGGUCACCACCUCGCCGUCUGAUUAUCAGGUUGAGAUAAACGGCGUCAAGAUUGUCGGCUCGCCGGUGUUCAACGACGGGAAUUUGGUGGUCUUUGGGAUUGAGAUGUUCUUCGAUCCAGAGUUCCAAACUUCGGCUCCGGUUCAGAGUCCAAUCCCUGGCCUUGAAUGUGUAGCGCCCAGAUACGGCGGUUUGGAGAAUCUUUCGGCUGGGAAUAUGUUUGCUGAGGCUUGUGGGGCAAUGAGAUCAAAAGGCUACUCUGUGAUGGCUUCUUUUCUUGGUUUGCAAUUGAUGAAACUGAAGGGUGAUAAUCAGACGUUGACGGUUUUCGCUCCGUCGGAUGAAUCGAUGGUGAAUCGCACAGGGAGUUUCAGUGAGUACCCUUCAAUCUUUCUGCGGCAUGUCGUUCCGUGCAAGCUUUUGGCCAGUGAUCUACUGGAGUUCAACAAUGGGACACAGUUACAUACUCAUCUGGAGGGAUUUGUUAUCGAGGUCAUGAGAAUUGGCGACGCUUUGAUGCUCAACGGAGUUCCGAUGACUCCGCCAGACAUUUACACAAGCGAGUGGCUCAGCGUCCAUGGCAUUCUUGAUGUCAUCGCAGCAAGAGACGGGACAGCCUGCGAUGGAAGUUUCAACUGAAAGUGGCAGAGUAUAGUGAUGAAUCUUCUGU